AUGCUGAAUUUACAAAUCGAGGAAGAAAAAGCUGUUGAUAUUCUAUCUAAACUAGGGCUGUUGGGUUGUACUUUAAAAAAUAGAGAAUGUCUUCACAUUUUAAUUAAAUAUAUAGAAAAGAAAUUAAACAACAAUGUGGCCAAAGUAGCAGAAAAAUAUUUUGUACAACUACUGACAAUCGAAGUACCAUUACAUGAGCCAGAUAUACCAUCUGUCCUUAAAAUCUUAUCUAACAUAUAUAUUGAAGAUCCAAGUGAUUCUCUAGAAAUGUUGCAAUGUAAGGUAAUAAUCCAGAAAUCAAAUUUUUCAGCUGCUGUAGAGGAAAUAAUAAAAUCUCCUUUUUUCCCCACAAAUGUAAUAUUAAGAGAUUGGCUUUGUAAGCAAUUGUGUACUAAAUAUGUAGAAAAAAUGUCAUUCUCUGGUUUUGAAAUUGAAAAAUAUAUUGAUACCAUUAGUGAGGGCAUAAUGAAUUCAAAGUACCCAAGUAUUUUAAGAAGUAUGAUAUGUUAUGAUAAAGGUUUAUAUUUAGAAGCAUAUAAACAGUGUGUUCCCCUUGUGAAUUACCAUGAAGCAGAAGUUAUGGAAGCAACAUUCAUAAUAAAAUGUACAAUAAUGUUAAAAAAAUGGUCUGUUGCUCAGAAACUUGCAACAAAUUUUUUGACAAAAGUAAAAGAUCAAGAAUUUGCACAUACCUUAAAAAAGUUCUUGUUGUUAUCUUUAACUAACCAACAGAAAUGGAAUCAAGCAAUAUCAAUUACUAAAGACAUACCUAUAGAUAUUAUGGAAACACAUGAUCUAGCUAAUCUUGCAGAAUGUUAUAUUGAAGCUAAUGAAUCUGCUGACCAUAUUAUGAAACAUUUAGAAACAUCUGAAUACUCUAAACAAUUGCAGGCUCUGUUACUAUUAAAACAUAAUAGAUAUGAGGAAGUCAUAGAUUUACUUCAGGAUUCAACAGACCAUUUUUUACAUGUACUUUAUUUGGGUAAAGCAUAUUGGGAACUCAAACAAUAUGAUAAGUGCUUAAUUUAUCUUCUUAGAGCAGCUAAACUUAACCCUGACCAUGCAGACACAUUUUUAUAUUUAGGCUACUUUUAUCGAGAUUUCAAAAGUGAUGAAGGAAAAGCAAAAAAGUGUUUUGAGAAAGCAAGUGCCCUAAACCCUAUUGAUUGCACUAUUGCCAAAAAUCUAAGUGAAACAUAUAUAAAAUUACAACAAAUGGAUUCUGAUUUUGAAUUAUUGAAUACACUGAAAACAAAUGCACCAACAAUUGAGCCAUGGGUUAAUUUCAGAUUGGGCCUGCAUUAUUUACGUAAAAGAGAAUGGGAAAAUGCCAUCCUAAACUUCAGGAAUGUUAUCAAAAGUAACCACAAUGAUACUGUAACCUUUGAAUGUUUGGCUGAUGCAUACUAUGCCCGAGGAUCUUUUACCUCUGCCUUAAGAGCUUAUAAAAAGGUUAUGACAUUAGAUCCAGAUAAAGCUGAACACUGUUUGACUAGAAUUGGAUAUAUUCACUCAUUAUUAACGCAAUAUGAAGAAGGAAUUGCAACAUUUGAACUGGUAUUUAAAAUUGAUCCUUAUUCAGUUCUGGCCUUGAAAGGAGUUGCAGAAACAUGGAUGAGAAUCGCCAAGAAAAAAGCUGAUGCCAAAAUUUAUGGUACUGCUAGGGAUUGUGCACAACAUGCUGUAGACCACAUCUUAAAAGCACUAUUUAAAAAAAAGCAAUUUUUAUGUUUCUGGAAACUUUUAGCUGAUAGCUUAAUGUUUAUCACAAAGCUACCAAACCAAUAUGCCUAUGUGUACAUGCCCCCUUUGACAAAAGAUAGUGGCAAUAUGGAAUCUUCCAAAAAAGACAAAUUUGAAAUAUUUCCACAAGCUAUUGCUUGUUAUUCACAUAUAGCAAAGCAGAAACAGCAGGUGACUUCCUAUGAUUUAGCCUCAGCCUACUUGGCUCUAUUUUAUGAGACUCAAAAAAUAGUUAACUGUAAUUUAUCUUUUAACUUGACUAUAAAAUGCAUCAAAGAGAAACCUACAUCAUGGCGUCAUUGGAACUUACUUGGAAAAACAUGUUUAGUCAUCAAGAAGUAUGAUAUUGCACAACAUUGUUUUAUUAAGGCCUUAACAGUAACAAGAAAAUGGUCAGUGGCUAAAAUAUGGUGUAAUUUGGGAUCACUUUAUCUGAAACUUCAAUUAUAUAAACUAGCCAACUACUGUUUUUGGAGAGGACAGUCAAUAUUACCAUCAUAUCCUCAAAGUUGGAUAGGUCAAGGACUUAUUGCAGAAGUCAUUCGUGAAGAGGAAGCAAUGGACUUAUUCAGACAUGCAUCACGUCUCGGCUAUCAUCCAGAAAGUGCUCUUGGGUAUGCUGAUUGGGUGUGCAGAACUUUGAAAAACAAUAAAUACAAAGAAAGUUCAGAAUUCAAAUACGAAAUUGAAGGACUAUAUGCAAUACCAUAUUCCAUAGAUCUGGUUGAAUGGUAUUGUAAUUUUGAAUCUGAUAAUGCAUGUGCCUAUAAUAUACUGGGUAUAUUACAAGAAAGACAUGGCUUACUGCGAUCGGCAAUGAAAUCAUAUGAGCAAGCAUUCAAAUAUGCAGAAGAUGAUAAAAAGGACACAGUUUUGUUAAACAUAGGCAGAAUUUUGGUUAGAAUGGAGAAAUAUGAAGAAGCAAUAAAAAUAUAUAAGGCUAUUACUGAAGCCAGCUUCAAUUCUACAGCAGGACUAGCUUUAGCACUAUUUAAGAAGGGUUGUUAUGAAGAAUCAUAUUCAGUGUAUGAUACUGCAUUGCAGUGGUUAAGCAAUGAAGAGUCUGAAAAGGCAGAUCUUUUAGUAGCUAUGGCAGGUAUAGUUUAUAUGUUCAAGGGUUUAGAUGAUGCUAAAACACUGUUGUUCCACAGUAUUCAAGUCGCCCAGAAAAAGCCGACUCCACACAGUUUAUUUGCAAUUUGUUCCCUUGGCUUGAUGCACUCUGAUCAAAGUCUCUCAAAACUAGCCUUGGGUGAACUUCGAAAAUAUGAAAAGGAUAACAAAUAUGGCUUUGAUAUAGGGUUCCUAAAAUCAUACCUAUCUGUUUGUGAAGAUAACAUGGAUCAUGCUAUAAAGCUACUAAGUGAUUGCCUUCAUGACCAUCCUAGCAAUGCGAUGUUAUGGUUUUGUAUGGCGCAGUAUUGUCUUCGAAUUCGUAAUACAAAGGCUAAAGUGGCCAGCUGCUGUGCUCAAAAAGCUCUAUGUACAGCACACUAUGGCGAAUAUGAUUGUAAUGCUGGUAAAAUCCUAGCUUCAGCUAGCAUUGCAGAACACAUGGCAGGUGAUUAUGUAAAAUCUUUGCUGUUAGCCAAAGGAGGGUUGCAUAUGUUUCCAAACCAAGCUGAAAUUUGGGCGGCACUUUUGUUUUCACUGUUAUCUAAUACCUUAUGGAUUGAAAAAAAGAAUUGGCUUUUGGGUGCUGCCGCACAUAUGCGCCGACAUUUGAAUGUACCUCGACAGCUUAGUAGGUGGAUUAUUCUAAUAGAAAAGAAAUUAAAUAAGUAA